AAACUAUGAAAAAAACGAAAUAUAAUAUGAAAAAAAAGAAAGUGAAGACGGAUAAAUUUAUAAUUAAAAAAUUUAAAUAAAUUCAUUUUAAAAUAAUAAAAAAUAAACUAAUAUAAAACUCAAAAAUAAAAUAUCUAAAAAAGAAGAAAAUUCAACAAAAAAAUCAUAAUAAAUCACAAAAAAUAAAUUAAAUAGCAAAAAAAAGCCAACAAUAUUAAAUUAUAGAUCAGAUACUCCCGAUUUGUUACUAAGUUUAAUAGAUUCUUUAAUAUAAAAAGACAUAUUUUAAGUUUUAAGGAAAUAAUUUGCUAACACAUAUGUAGACGAUCUUUUAAAUGAAUGCGAGUAAUCAUAAUAAAUAGAAAAUAUAAAAGAUGUUCUAUUUUUAAUACCUAUGAAUAUUCGAAAUACAUAUAAAUAUAAGACUAUAAUAAUGAAAAAAAAGGAAGAAAUAACAAAAAAAAUAUUGAAUUAAAACUUAAUGAAAAUAAUUAUAAUAUAUUUUAAAAUUAUAUUAAUGUUUUUUAUUAAUAAAAUGGUGACGUUUUUUAUUUCUAGAAAUAAAUUUUAAACGAAAAUCUUAUAAAUUAUUUAAGUCAAACUUAAAUUUUUAAUAUUGAUAAAAUUAGAGAAAGAGUAUUUUAAUUUAUAAAUAUAUUAAAAAAUAAAAUUAAAAAAUUAAAGGUUAAAAAUAAUAUUUAUUAUCAAUAUGAAAAAUUCGAUUUAGAUAUUAAAAAAUUAUUCAAUUUUACUUUAAUUUUUAGAUGUUAAAGUAUGAAUUCUUAUAAAUACAUCAAUUAUUUAAUUCAAUAAUACGAAUAGAAUGUAUAAAAUAAUAAUAUAAUCAAUAAAUUCAUAGAAAUGAAGAAAAAUGACCUUUUUAAUUUACUAAAUAUUGAUUUAUGUAAUAAAUUAAAAGUUAAAAAAUGGCCUAUAAUACCCUAAUAUUACCGAAAUUAUGAAUAAAUAGAAGAUUUUUGUAUAUAGCCGAUGUCUUGGGAAAAUAAAAUAUAGGAAAAAAUAAGGUCAGAGAAAAAUCCGAGUAAAUGUGAUAAUAAAUGUGUUUGCGAAAAUUUAGAAAAAAUGGGAAAAUUCGAUUUAGAGAAAAGUACUUGGAAAAGCAAAUGCCCAAACAGGGGAAAUCGAAUAGAAUGUAAAGAUUGCAAUUGUAAGAAUUAAAGUAUAUCUAAAAAAGAGAAAAAAAUUAUAGGAUAAGAUGUAGAAGAAAAUGUUAGUUGGGGAAUCGAUUUAUAUACAAAAAAAAAUAUUUUUUAUGUUAUUAAUGAAUGUGCAUCUGAUAAAGAUAAAAAUUAAUUUAUUUAAUUUUAACUAUUAAAGGCAGUUAAUUUAUUAAAGGAAAACGGAUGGGAUAUUUAAAAGGUUUGCUAGUUUAUUAUAGAUAAUAGUUAAAAGAAAUGCUAAAUAGGAUAAGAUUAUAGAAAUUAUCUUUUUUCUAAUUAAGAUAAGAAGUUCUCAAAAUGUAUUUUAAAUUGUAUUUUAUUCAUGUAAUAGGAAGUUAUAAGUAAAAAUUUAGAUAAAAAUAAUAUUUUUUAGGAAGCAUUUAGAAUUCAUACUAAAGGAAUAGGAUUAACUUGUAUAAAUUCUUAAGGUAUACAAAAAAAUGAGUUUAUUACUGAGUAUGUAGGGGAAAUAUAUGAACCUUGGAGAUGGUUUGAAAAAUAAGACUUACUUAAAAAAUUUAUAAAGGAAAAUAAUUAGUAAAAUAUAUUGCCAGAUUUUUGGAAUAUUAUGCUAGAAAUUCAUAAAGAUGAUCCUAAAGGAUAUGAUAUUUUGUUUAUUGAUCCUAUUAUUAAAGGUAAUUUUUCAAGCAGAUUAAACCAUUCCUGUUAGGCUAAUUGUGGAACUGUCCCCGUUAUUAAUAAUGAAGGAAAAUAUGUUAUUGGAUUAUAUGCUAUGUAAUAAAUUAGUUAUGGAGAAGAAUUGACUUUCGAUUAUAUGGCAGUUACAGAAAGUAAAUAAGAACAUAAUAGGGCUUUAUGUUUAUGUGGAUCAAGUAAAUGUAGAGGAAAAUAUCUAGAAUUAUCAACUACAGGUAUAAAAGAAUAUAAUUAAAUACUUGAAGAUAUAAGUUGCUUUUUACAUCGAACUUAUAUUUUAGAAUAUUCUUGUAGAAAAAAUGUAUAAUUAAAUGCAGAAGAUGAAUAACUUUUAGAAUCAGAAAGCUUUAGAAGUAAUAUCAAAUAAGGAUGCCCUAUUUGGCUUUUAAAAUGGAUAUGUUAAAGUCUUAGAAUUAUUAAUUAAGAAUAUAAUAUUUUCUUAUAAGAAUUAAGGAAUAAAAAUAAAUAUACAAAUUUUAGAAUAUUAAAAUAUUAAGCAUAAACAAAAAAAGAUAAUAGAAUUUAAAAUUUAGUAAUAACAAUUAAUAAGGUAAAAUAUUUUAUUAAUAAAACAAAUGAUCCUAAGCCUCCUUUAUAAUAAUUGAAUUAAGAAUAUAUAUUAAAUAUAUUAUGGCUUAAUGAUAAAUAAUAUUCUAUAAAAGAAGGAAUAAAUGAAAUUUUAUAAAAUAUUCCUGAUAAUGAAACUAAUUAUUAGUAUGUAAUAUAUUCAAGAAAUUUAAUCAAUUCUAUAGACAAAUAAGUACAGAUUUAUAAUUCUUUUAAAUAAUAUUCUUAAUCUUUAUUACUAAUAAGAUUUGGAUUACUUACUAUUAGUGAUUUUCUUUAAUAAAUUUAAAAUUAAUAAAUAACUUCUAGUCUUUUACAUUUUCAUGCUUUUACUCAUAUUUAUUUUACAAAUUAUGCAUAUAAAUAAUUUACUAGUGAAGAAAUACUUAUAUAGAAAGGAGAUGUUAUUAAUGUAGAACUUUACGAAGAAAAACAGUCGCAAAAUUAAGAAUAGGGGUUAGAUAAUUUCCUAAAAAAACUUUCUAAAACAUAUUAAUCAUUAUUUGUAUGGGGGCAAUUAAAUAUUUGGUAUAAAUAAUCAGUAGCUAAUCCAGGAAAUUUACUUUCAGCAGAAAGAAGAGGAACAAUAGUUUAUCCUUGUUUGCAAAACUUCAUCAGCAUUCAAAAUGAUAAAAAGUAUUAAUGUAGUAAAAGUAUAAUUAAUUAAAUAUAAAAACAAAGAAAUAAAUAUUGGGAAGUAGAAGAAUUUAAGAAAUAUAAUUUUAAAAAUAAUAACGG